UGAAACGCUACCAACUUUUGAAGAGUCAAGGACGAUGUCUUGUUUUUGUAUUUGCUUUUGGCGAUGUUUCAAAAACAGGCUUACAGAGAAAAAUGCUGAAAUUCUUAAAAAAAUCCUGUAUUAUAUCAGUAGUGCAGAUGAUCAAACUAAUGAACAGCUCAACUACGUAAUUCAGGAAAUAUACAUGGUGAUAUCGAAUGAAUAUACGGAUAGUACUAUUUUUCUUGAAAAGCUGAAAAGCACCAUAAUAAAGGGCAAACAAUUGCAUAAAUCCAGUCAUGAUAUUAAGAUCAGUAAUCAACAUUCGAAUACUACAAAAGGACAUAGGAAGUCGGAGAAUAGUUCUAUGCAAUCGUUUCCUCAGUCAGUAAAUAAUUAUAGUUCUCAAUUUUCAGAAUACAGAACUGAUGAGAAAAAUUAUGACUUUUCUCACUCCCAACUUCAGUUAGUUUUGAGAAUGGAAGGCAUCCGUGAUUGGCUCCAUUUAAUUGCUUCAUGUGGUCUAUUAAAUGAACUUGAUCCACCACUUCCACAUAUUUCUUCUAUAAAAAGGCAUAUACGGAUCGGAUCUUGGAACCUUAACCGCUUCGAUUUAAGUAAAGCUAAACAUCCAGGAUUCAUGGAAGUUGUUUGCCUGACCAUUUUACGAAUGAACGUCUCAUUAAUAUUGCUUCAAGAAGUUUCAGACCCUUUAGUUGCUGAUUAUGUAAGUUGUCUUUCGAUACAUUGUUUUGGAUUGUUACAACUAAAACAUCACAUCAGCUCUCUUUUUGACGAAUGUACGAAUAAUUACUGGGUAAAGUAUCCUACAGGUUACGUUGGACUCAUCAAGUUUAUUUCAUAGCAAAUCCUUUAAAUAACAGUCAUUGAUUUUGUAUGGUUUACUGUCUUCAUAUUUUGUUAUAUUAGUCAGUGUAACAUUUCAGACCAAUAAUGCACGUGAUUACAAGGUUUUUAAUUUAACCAAAAAUACGUACGUUAUUUUUACUCUGUAUGUGUUUGUAGUUGCUAAGAUAACAUGCCUUUAACGUUUAUUUAUUAGGGGUGAUUCGUGUAAUUAUUGGUUUGUUUAUUAACUUUUGUCUGCACUUUUGCUCGACCAGUAGCGUAUUUCUUAUUUAUGUAUUUGCGACAGUUUUUCGUGCUCAUCAUUUUCCUGAGAGUUGAUCUGUGGUAACCAGUCUGUAAUUUUCAUCUGGUCAAACUGUAGAUGAUCGAGAACUUUGUUGCAUAUAGGUUAUACAAUAGUAAAUAGAUAGCAUUCAGUGUACAAUAUUAUUUUCAGCUGGCUGGUUUUUUUGAGAGUGGAAUGCACAUAUUUAUCUUCUUGAGAUCUUAGAAAGAUAAGACAUGGAUUCGAGUUUUUGCAUUUCGAAAUAAUCCACCACGUAAAACAGAAAACGGUAAAAAGGAAUUAGGAAAAAUAAGUAUAUUAAUAAGAUGUGAGGGUGAUUGUGGCUAAAUGAUUACAAUUUUAGCUUAUAUAUAUGGUAGAUAUGUUUGCACCAUUGUGUCUGGUUUUGAAAUAUUUUGCAUAGUAUCUUCAAACAUCCGCCCUUACUAUCCCACAAAUCCAUGCCCGGACUGGUGACGAGCUGAGAUAUGAUCACAGUUAAUGUAAGUCUAAACUCUGUAGUACAUUUAGUUUAAAAACAUGGUUAUUUUGACGAUUCUUCCCAGUAGUAUUUUAUCAAACUGUAUAACUUUUUUCCUCAUUUUUAUCCGUACAUAUUGCUAAUCAUUCUAGCUGUGCAAUGAGCUAAAUUAUCCAUCUCUUCCCCACGUAAAACGAUGGGUUGAAAAAUUUCCUCUGUCUACUCCCCCGUACUGGAAAGCGUCAUGUUCUAUCCAACCAACUGGUUCCAUGUUCCGUGCAAAAGAGUAUGCCGUUUUUCUAUAUAAUUCUCGAUGUGGUAUUCGGAUUUCUCGGACAAGUUUAUUGGAAAAGUCUUCGAACUCAUUACCUGUUUCAAGAAAGUCGUUUACACGCAGUCCAUGUGGGGCCUCCUGCCAUGUAUGUAACAAAAGGUGUUUAAAAGCAGAUGCUAGUUUGAAAAAAUUUCCUUUGUUCAAUUUAAUAUGAAACCAUGUGCCAUGAUUCUGGCUGACCUGAUUAAACUUAGUGAUUUACAAAUAUUUAAUUCUUCUCGUAGGCUCACUUUCCAGUACUGAAUUGCUUAUUUUUUCCAGCGUUUUAUUUUUGGUUUUUCUUAACCCUAUCGUCUGUGAUAUGCUAUACCUUUGUCUGUGUAAUUUCAUCUACUUUUCUUCUAUUCAACUACUUAUCAUCUUAAUGUUUUACAUAGUUUCUAAGUUAUUACUGAGUAACCUAUUUCGUCAUAAACUUGAGAAGUGUAUGUACGUAAUAUUCGAGAAACUUGAUUACAUCAUCAGCCCUUAUACAACAGAUGUUACCCAUAUCUCUUAGGAUACAUGUGUAUAUGUUUAUGAAGUGGCAUUUAUUUUUGUUCAUCAAUGAGCUAGUGAGGAUCAAAGGCAGUUAUUAUAUUAUUUUGAUAUGAUUAUUACACGUAGAGUCUUACUCUUGAAAUGUGUUGGGACAUCGUCACUCAUUUUGUAAAUAUCUACAACGCUACCAUCUGGACAUCAACCGCUAUGUACAUGGAUUGUUUUAAUUUACUUUCAGAUUCAACAUAUUAACUUAGUUCUCAUUUCAGUACAUUUGAAGGCAAGUGGAUUAAGAAAUAGUCAAAUUGGCAGGACUAUCUCAGAAAUUGAAUCUCUUGGCUAUCUUGUUCAAGCUUUUUAUGAAACACAACCUAGGGGAACAUAUCUCAUUAUAGCUGGUGAUUUCAACCUCUUCCCAACACAUGAAGGUUAGUUUAGAUCCAUAGUAAAUAGGAACUAUGUAACUGAUUAAAUGUCUCUGAAUAGACUUAGAAGUAAAUCAUAUGUAUUUUGUUAUGCGAAUUAUUCUACGUGAAAUAACUAGUUAAAGUUUUUCACAAUCUAACCGCGAAAUUUUAGUGAGACUGGCAAUUGUAAGCAAUUUAUUCUAUUUACGGACACUUUGCUUCAUAUAAAAUGUAUUGCUAUGCAGAUGUUUGGAAAGUUAUUUGUUAAUACGUGGAUCUACAUAAAACAAUAUCCAUCUAAAAAAACUCAGAAAAAAACCUAAAAUCCGCUUGUAACGCUGGUAUUCAUGGUCUUCAAUUUAAUCGUAGUCUACUGUUGCGAAUCGAUAGUGGUCAAACUAUUAAUAAGUUUUGUGACAGUAUCGAGAUAUACAGGUAGGUUCUGAACUUUUCUUACAGCUUUUCCCUGAAUGUGCGUUGCAGCUAGAAAUGACCCGUCUCUUACAAAUUCUCUUGUAUUACACUUAACUAGCUUCGUCAAUAAGGUGAGGUGAUUUACAUGUUGUAAAGAAAUGCAACACCUAUUCACUUUGUAGUUUGUGUCCACCUAUUUUGUGAUAAUAAAUGAUUUUACUGGGUCGCAUAAACCUCAUAUAAAACAGAAUUUGAACACAACCCGAGCAGUUGAAAAUGAUAAUACUGAAUAACUGAAACUAACCAGAUAUCUGGCGGUUGAUUUUCUUACUAAAGCUUUCUUAGCAAGUACUUGUCGUCUUCAUUCAAAUAAAUAAAUUACGCUAUUUCCACGAAGUAAAUUGUUAGCAUAACGUUUUUAAACUUACUCUCGAGAGAUCACAUUUUACAGGGAAGAUAUUUUCUCACAUUUCCAGGAAACCAAGAACUCCAUGUUUAACUAAGAUAUAAUGAAAAUCAUAUCUGUUUCUGUAUUCUUAGGAACGACUAGUCUUAGUGCAAAAUAGAGUGUAGUGAAAUUUCAGGAACAAAGUCAAGUAGUCAAAAGUUAUGUAACAUUCUAGUAAAAAAUACCAUUCAGUCACUUUCUGAAGGAUUACAUUUAACCAACUAAAUGUAUUGUAUCGAUUUAGUAAUGGACACUAGUACAGUAAGAAUUUUUAUCAAUUAAACCAAGUUACUUGCACGCGUCAUAUGCAAACGUGGAGAGAUACAAAGUUUGAAGAAGAAUGUAGAGUUUCUACGGUUAUUGAAGUAAAUGUCAUUAUAGAUGUUGUCUAAAGAAUUCGCUGCUGAAAGACAUCCCUAGAGGUUUAAGGCUCUCACGACUGAUUUGUAAGCUACAUUAUUUACGAUAAUUAACGCUUUGACAGGAACAAAUUCACAAGAACUCUCUCAACACCACCUGAAUAUAUUCAUCGUUGCACGAGCCUCUAUCUGAAUAAUUCCAGCAACAGUUCAAAGUUAGUUUCAUAAUACCUACCUUAAGUAGCAAUUUUGGUUCUGUUGUAUUUACAAAUGAAUUAGUUUUAGCAGUAAUUAUUGUGUUAGAGAAGAAGCACAGUGUUUAUUAUAACCACUUUUUAUAUGUAUUUUCGUUUUAUUGACUAGUAUUAUUUUUGAUAAAAAGAUUUUCCAAACUGUUAUCGAUUCAUCCUUCCCACAUUAUUAGAGGCAAUACUUUAAUAAUUUCCCAAUUAAAUCAACGUAAUGGGAUCAAUUAAUCUUUUAUGCCAGUUAGAUACAAGCACUCAGAUACUCCUGAGCCGUUAUGAAUUUGUAUUUAGUACACUUAUAGGUUCAUUAUUUACUUUCGCUUGUACAUAAGUUGAACAUUACGCAAAUAAUUUCCAUAAUUUUAAUUAAAGCUCUCAUCAUUGUUAAUUUAGAUUCGAUUUAUUUAUUGCCUCGUUAUACUGAUUAUCUCUACUUGUUUAUUUAAAAGUUUAUCGGGUAUUGCGUGAACGUGGUUUAUGGCCAGUACUCAAAGGUGAACAACAAACUACCAUGAAUUAUUCUAAAUCCAGAUCUAACCAUUUUAGAGCAUAUGACAAUGCAUGGCUUUCUGCUAACCUCUCUUUGACUUCUGAAUCCACUAUUCGUUGGACUGGUGAUUCUGGUGUCAUAUUAAAAGGGCUCAGACAUCCUUUAAUUCCGGAGGAAACAGGAAGUGGUGCAAAUGGUCUUGUUAGUGAUCAUGCUCCCAUAUGGUUUGAUAUUCACUUAACGUAACAAUAACCUGUAUUUGUGUAUAACUUUUUAUUAACGAACUUAUGAUAACGUUGUACAUAUGUACUUAAUAAUAAAGAGCAUUUAUUUUGAUAGCUUG